AUGUCCGACAUCAUCCGCGAGUAUCUCUCGCUGCCUUCCGCUACUCGACUCGAUUCUCCGACACAAACUCGCCAGUGGCUCGACGCUCUGCUCACCGGCGGUCUCCCCGUGCUCGGAUCCGUCAGCGACUCGAUACGUUCCAAACUUGCUACUGCGGUGCUCAACGACGUAGCUGCUGCCUCGGGUUCGCGUCAGGGCGAUUACCUGCUCAAUGUCAGGACGAACCUUCGAUGGGAUUCCAACAUCAGACUCUCGGCCUUGAGGCUGCUCAAGGAGCUUAGCCGUCUUCCUGGCGGCAGCGCGCCGCUCGCUAAACCAGAAGCGCUGCGUAUCCUCCUGCAACAGGUCGACUUCCCCAAGCAGCGAGUCCGAAGGAUUCCCUCGAAUACCGCCUCUGCGACCUCGAUGUCCGCUCCUCCGAACCUCUCCGCCUCCAAUACCGCUUACACGUUCGGAUCCAUCGCGAAAUCCUUGCGGCGUGCCGUCAGCAGGCGCGGCUCGCAGCAGGCAGACCGCCGUCUCUCCAAGGAUAAGGAUGCUCCGUCUUCAGACAGCGGCGGUGAAGACUAUGAUACGGGCGCAGACCCCGACUGGCCUAUCACCGACAUGGCGCUGCGCUGUCUCAACAAUGCUCUCUUUCUAAACGAGGACGCUCGACUUCCCUUUUCUAGCGACGAGGUGGGCGGCGGACACAUUGCAGUAGCGCUUCUCUCACGACCUCAAGAUACACCUGCAGACAUUCUCUUUCUUGGCGGACGACUCCUCUUCUUCAGCACCUUGUUCGAAUCGCCCUUCAACAAGACGGCCGUGACCACUCUGAAUGUGGUCAGCAUCUUAGCCAUCUGCGUCGAUGCGCUCGUCAAGGCCUUGGUGGAAAAAGCCGCCAACCCAAAUGCUGCGUCCUCACUCCUCGUUGCCAGCGGAAGCGAAGCUCAGCUCAACAUGGCGCUAUCUGAUCUGCUCAAAGCCUAUUUCAACAUCUGCCUCUACUAUCCACGCAUCGUUCAGGCCGAAGCCAAGCAGCAGCAGCAGCAGCAGCAGCAGCAGCAGCAGCAGCAGAAAAACGAAGCGAGCGCAUCAUCAUCGAAAGCCCAAGGCGAAUCGCAAGCCCCUGUUGUUGGCGAAGCCUUCGACGCAGAGCUUCUCGGGAUGCUGCGGCCGCUCGUCUCGGUCAUCACCAUGCUUUCGCUGCCCUCAACGGUGCCCUUGAUGCCACCGUUCACGCACGCCAUCGCCGCUUUGCUCAACUAUCCCCUCGCUAACGUCAAACAGGAGAUUUUCGGUCACCAAAGGGCUUCGGCUGGCUCACCACCUGCUCCUACGGCUCCGAUCUCGUCCUCUUCCACCCAAGCGCUACAAUCUGCGCCAGCGUACAUCAGUCGGCUGAUUUCCUUUGCGGAUCUGAUGCUAUCGCGCUACAUGGCAGCACCGCUGGCACAUGAUGACGGCCGACGAUUGCCUGAGGACGUAGACGCAAAGGCAGUCAAGCAGAAGGCAGGUGCAGACGGCAUCGAUCUCGAAGACACGCUCGAGCCGCUCAUCCUCUUACUAAGAAAGACGGCUGCCGAGGACGACUCUCUACGAUCCACGCUCGCAUCCAUCCUCCUGCCCGCCGAUCUCGACCGCGGUAUCGCUCUCGAUCGCCGUCUCGAUGUUCUUGGCAGGAUGGUGAGGCUCAUGUCUUCGGUGACGCUUGCUCGACUCGCACGAGCCUCUGGCGAGCUGUUGCUUUCGCUCUGCAACGGCGAUGCCAAGCAGAUGACCGAGACGAUCGGGUACGGUCCAUGUGCAGGCUUCCUCAUGAAUACGGGGCUCGCCUCGGCGUUGCCAUCCGGGUCAGCCGCUACCGCCGGCGCCAAUGGAAGGACAGUGGAUCCAAUCACGGGCGAGUACGAGCCGACGGAAGAGGAGAAGGCGAUGGACGAGAUCAACCGAAUGACAGAAGAGGAAAAGGAAGCAGAGGCCGAGAAGCUGUUUGUGCUGUUCGAUCGUAUGAACAAGACGGGCGUGGUGCAGGUACGACACCCCAUGGCUGAGGCACAGGAGUCGGGCAGGUUCCAGGAGCUGGAUGAGAAGGCGGAGAAGAAGGAGCGCGAAAGGGCAGAGAGGGAGGAUGAGGAGGUGGAGAGGGAGGUGGAGAGGGAGAUGGCAGCGCACAAGAAGAGAAAGGAGGAGGCCAGGGUGCGCGCGCAGAAGCUUGUUCAGCGGUCGCAGGGGACCGAGGCAGCGCAUGAGGAAGCGCCGAAAGGAGGUCAGGCUCAGAACGUCUCCUAA